AUGGCGAACACACGUGUUGUCUACCGUCGGCGCAACCCGUACAACACAACGUCCAACCGGACGCGGAUUGUUAAGACCCCGGGAGGCGAGCUGCGAAUUCUUCACAUCAAGAAGCGCGGAACGGCCCCGAAAUGUGGUGAUUGCGGUUCCAAGCUGCCUGGUAUUCCGGCCCUGCGCCCCCGCGAGUACGCCCAGAUUUCGAAACCGAAGAAGACAGUCCAGCGUGCCUACGGUGGCUCAAGAUGCGCAAACUGCGUUCAGGAUCGUGUUGUCCGGGCGUUCCUGAUUGAGGAGCAGAAGAUUGUAAAGAAGGUGCUGAAGGAACAGAGCCAGAGUGAGAAGAAGAAAUAA